UUGGUGUUGUGUAGGAAUCGGGCGCGAGCGGAGCUUCGAGUUUCCCAACGGCGCUUCAGUGUUUGUUCGGAUUACUCACGCCCACCGCGACACGCCUAAACGGUGUGUGUGUGUCUGUGUGUUGCGUGAACAGGUGGCUUCGCGGUGUAACCGGCAGCAGUGCGCGUUGUUUUUGUGAACAGCGUUAUUUUUAUUUUUGGAGAAUUACAUAAGAGUCGGAGCAGCGACGCUCAUGGUACUGCAGUGAGUGGCGCGCGCGCGCUGUACAGAGAAACACACUGCGCUCUGCUCUGUUGCUGAGUGAACUCCAUUGCCUUGACUCUUGCAGUCUGAGCUGAAAGGAGACCAUGGUGUAUUCAAAAGUGCGCACACGCACUGCUCAACAGCAUGAUCCAGACAACACAGGCUAUACCUAUGCUCUCAGCUCCAGUUACUCCUCAACUGCUCUGGAGUACGAGAGAGAGCACAAACUCGCUCCUGUGUUCGAGUCACCCAGGAUGUCACGACGCAGCCUGCGCCUGCAGACCAACUCUGCUCACUAUGGUGACGACAGUCUGCUGGACUCCUCAGUCAACCGCAGCAGCUCCUCCAGCACUGAAAGUCGGGUUCACCGGGAGAGCAAGGCUGUGAAGAGCAGGAGGUCUCAACGCCCUGUAUCUGGUUCAGGAUCGCUCUUUCAGACUCCGGUGAAGAGCCAGUCCUUGGCACUGCAGGCCCACAAUAGCAGCAUGCUCAGCUGUGCUGCGAGCGAUGCCUCACUUCUGUCCUCCCUGCUGGAUGAGUCGAGCAUCCAGGAGCACACUUUUGUCGACAGCUUCUGGGGAUUGGAUAAGGAUGGAGAUCUAAAAGAUCAGAGACUCCAUGCGGACAACAGCUUCUCUCUCAACAACAGUGGCGCACAUGUGGCUCAGACUCGGUCCUCUGCCGUACACAGCAGCUACAUCUGCAAUAACUGCGUGGCUAGGCACUCUGACAGGAGAGAUGCAGUCCAAGCCUACACCACCUGCAAAACCUGCUCCUCUGCCAACUGUUCUUAUUCCUCAGCCGCACUGCACAGCACCGCAGUGGAUGGAGCCGCCUCAGCUGCAAGCACGGCCUUCUCCUCUCCCCACACUACAGUGUACAGCCGAGAGAGGAGCCGCCGACACAGAGCCGGUGUGUUUGGAGUGGUCCUGGAGGCCUUCCUGCGUUACAGUAGGAGAGUCUGUGCCUCUGUAGUGUGUGUGUUUACCAUACUCAUGCAGAGUGUUCUCAAAACCUGCCAACUCGGCAAAGUCCAGCUGUGCUCACUGAGAGACCGGUGUGUGAGGGUGUGCAGGAGAGCAGGUGCCUCCUCAGCUGCAGCCCUCACACUGCCGGCUCGGUUUCUUGGGCUGAGGAAGACCAGCAGUGGCAGUGCUAACGGAGGUCAUGCUAGUUACUGUGGAACGAUGAAUGUAAAUGAAAAGGUGACUCAAAAGGACCUGCAUACUAUUAAUGGCCCUUUGUGUGACGACUGCAAGGAGAAACAGACUUCGGGGACAGUCACAGUCUUGACAGAGUCUUCCAGAGCCCCGUGGCUUGUAGAGGCUCUGUGGGUCCUUGUAACAUUCACAGGCAGCAGUGUCUUAAAGGCAGGCCAGGACAUUCUUUCAGCAGCCUGGUUUAUCACAAGGAAGAUUCUUUCUGUUCUUUAUUUGGCUGCAGUGUCUCCAGGCAGUGCCGCUUCAGGGUUGUUGCAGUGGCUAGGAACAGCGUGGUACCAGAUGGUCACACUCAUGUGUCUGCUCAACGUCUUUUUCCUGACAAGGGUCCUGCCUCUACUUCAGAAACUCUUCCUGAUCAUUCUUCCCUUUGUGCUUGCCGUUGCCGUCCUGUGGUAUUGGGGAAUGUUCAGCUUCUCAACCAUUUGGCCUGUAGCAAACAUGACUAGAGACUCAGCCAUAAAUAAAGCUAUUGAUGUUCAACCUGAUAUCACGUUAUCGGAGACCACCAUUGAAGUUCAACCUGAUGUCCCUGUAUCGGAGACAGACUCUCAGCAGGGGCUGUCGGUUGUAUUCGAGGCUGAUUCUGAGCGACUGGCACGGAUAGAACAGAGCCUGGAGAUGCUGUGGGAUAAGGUGGUGGCGUCAGGCGGCAAACAGGAGGAGCAGCACACCGAGGUACUCGGUCUGUGCAACUCGCUAAAAGAAGAGCUGCAUACAAACACCAAUAAAGAGACCAUGGGCCAGUGGGUGGGCACGAUUCUAGAGCAGAGGUUAACCCUGCUGAGGGAAGAGAUGGAGAAAGAGACUGAGCACUCUCAGAAGUAUCAGGAAGAGUUCGAAGCUGGGUACCAAACACAGGAGUCCCGGCUAGCAAAGAUCGAAGCGGCUCUUCAGGACCUGGCGCAAAGAACAGAGGAGUUACAAACAAGACAAGAGAUUGAGAUACCGACACUGUCUACUGUCAGUGGGGAAAUGGACAGUGCUUCUCACGCGACUCUGCUGGCACAAGUGCGUAAGCUGGAGGAGGCCCUGAGCAGCAUCAGGGCAGACCUGCAGGGAGUGACGGGCUGUAAAGGAAGAUGCGAACAGCUGGAUUCUCUUCAUGACACGAUUUCUGCACAGGUCAAGGAGGAGCUUCAGGUUCUUCUGUAUGGCAGCAAGCAGAAGGACAUGAAGCUGCCUGGUUCUUUGAUGCAGUGGCUUUCGACUCAGUUUGUGAGUAACUCUGACCUGCUGGCCUCACUCGGUGCCUUCGAGAAGAGAAUUCUGGGUAACUUGUCACUUCAGCUAGAGGAGAUGCAGCAAAAACCAAGUGAAGAGACAAUCACUCGGACUGUCCUGCAAGCCACUGAGCAAUCCGGAUUAUCAGAAGAGGAUGUUCAGCUGAUUGUGCAGAAUGCUCUGAAGCUCUACUCUGAGGACCGCAUUGGCCUUGUAGAUUACGCUCUGGAGUCUGGAGGCGGCAGCAUCCUGAGCACACGUUGUUCUGAGACAUACGAGACAAAGACUGCACUGAUGAGUCUGUUUGGUUUUCCUCUUUGGUAUUUCUCCCAGUCUCCCCGUGCAGUUAUACAGCCAGAUGUACAUCCUGGUAACUGCUGGGCGUUUAAAGGUUCCACUGGCUAUCUGGUGAUUCGUCUGUGUGUGAAGAUCGUUCCCACGGCAUUUUCGCUAGAACACAUCCCCAAGGCGCUCUCACCUACCGGCAACAUCACCAGUGCCCCGCGCAACUUCACAGUCUAUGGUCUGGAGGAUGAACAGCAGGAGGAGGGGCAGUUGCUUGGGCAGUACAUUUACGAAGAGGAUGGAGAUGCUCUUCAGACCUACCCAGUCACGGAAAACAACACGGAAGCCUUCCAGAUUAUCGAGCUGCGAGUACUGAGUAAUUGGGGUCACCCAGAGUACACGUGUCUAUACCGCUUCCGGGUGCACGGCGAGCCGGUAGAGCAGUGAUCAAACACUAAACUGCAUGUGGAGUCUCAUGGGGAAGACAGCACCACUCUGUCCUAAUAUGGAAAUGCGUAACACGAUUGCUUGCUUUAACCAUCAGAGUUUUGCCUCUGCGCUUUGCACUACUGUAUGUCUCGGACAAUAGAAUUCAUCUCCGUCUGGAACUGGGUUUUUUUUUUUUGGAUCCCCACCCCAACCUGUGUGACCUUUUACUCCAGCAUGUGACACGGACACAGAGCAGCAAACUCAGCCUGGUCUAGACUGCACUGAAGAACACUCAGUAUGUUUAAGCAAAAUGGACUACAGUGUAUUUUAAACAGCAUGUUGUAAAUAUUGUUUAUAGCUUGUUUGCUUUGAGUGUCUAAUAAUUUUGCAUUUUUCCAAUAUAGUGUAAUUUUCAAGUGCCCAGCUGAGAGACUGUUAUUAAUCACUAUUUAUUUUUUUAUGUAUUUGUGUUGAUCUUAGUAAGACUUUAUAUUGUGUAUUUUUGUAAAUGCUUUUCGAAUCAUUUUGUAAUUAUUGAGGGACCACAGGUUGGCUUUUGCAAUGAAGUUAUAUUUUGUUUGUGUGGGAUGUUCAAAUAAAGAGUAAUUUUUUUUA